CUCUAUUAUAACUUGAGAUCUGCGUAGCUAAGACCAAACUUUGUGCGACUCUCCCAUAAAUGCAUGGUUUUAAUAGUGCAGUUAGGAUUUGUCCUUUUCUCUGCUGUAACUCUUGUCAGAACAUCAGGUAGGCCUACAUGACAUUAGUAGGCUGACAAAGCUUACAUCUACAAUGGUAAGUGGAGCUACUAUAUACACAAUGUACUUCACUGCUGAUCAGGUAACACUAACCAAUAAACAUUUUCUGUCUCAGUAUUUUGCUCAUGGGGUGCUAGACGGUUUUCAUGUUAUUUCCAGUUAACUAGUUUUAUAGCAUAUGCAACACAUCACGGUGACUGCCUUGGCAGCCUUUCAUCUAACCAUACAUGUAGCUCUCCAAUUAUUAUUAUUUUAAAUAAACCACUUUAUCUUACUGCAUUCUUAGAACUCUCCUAAAAUCCUUAUUUUCACUCAAAUUGCUGUAUGUUGUCCUGAUUGAAUAGCUGUGGUGAUGAGUGUUUUCCUUGCUUGCUAUCCAACGGAACUUUAAGUGGUUUUAAUAUUCCCAGUUGCUUAUGGUGGUUUGGGGAUUAGUGAUCAGAUGGUGGUAUGGUUUAGGUUGAAUUAUCUGUACACUAGAUCAUGUCUCCAAUCUACACUGGCUGCAAUUAGCCUAGUAUUCUGAGUUUCAUCUUCGUUCCUCUUGAUCGUCUUUUUAAAGAUGGAAUCCGCAGUAGGAGAAAUGGUGCCACUCCACUUCACAGCCGUAGUUAUUAUUUUGUUGACGAAGCGUAGGUGAGGCGUAGUUAAAAAUAAGUUUUAAAAACUUUUAAAAACACUGUACAUAUUCUGCUGUUCUAUUGUGCAUGCAGUGAUGGGUGAGGGGGGGGGCGUGUUUGCAGUAACUUAUUUGUUGUAAUAUCGCAAAUGGACGUUGCAGUUUCACCAUUAAGAAUUCCAGCUUUAAGGCUCUUAUAAAAGCCUUGACAAACAUGAGCGUGGAUCACCAUUGUGAAUUCCAUCUGGCGCGUGAUGGACCUGUUUGGCCACUGUGCUGAUUGGUCUGCAGUGUGGAAUCUAGGUGUGUCUGAGACUGGGUGAUAUAGUGCAGAACAGGUUGGGAGGGCUGAAGUGAGCUAACACUGGGUGACUAAGUACAUUGGGACUAUCUUCUGGUGCAAACAAGGCUGUUUUUUUUCUCUCUCAUCUACUUCUGGAUUUAUUUUAAUCUUUCUUUCCUAAUGGCAGAUUAGUGGAGUCCCUGAAGCAGCCUGAAACCCCCGACAGACUCCCAUAGGCUGCAAACGCCCUCCCUGCGCUGAAUCCUUUCUCUCUAGCGUCCCCUCUGAGUCUCCUGAUAUGUUCUCCAACCUCCACUCCUCCCUUGCUCCCACUAAGGUGCGGAUGAGCCCCUCCAAGUAUCCCUACAGCAGCACUGAGAACCUGGCUGCCAUAGGAUCUUCCCCCAAUGGAUCUGACAAGAAGCGGCGAGAUCCUCUGUCCCCCAGCCCAAUGGAACCGCAAAGCCAUGGAAAAUCCAAUGCAGGCUUCAGAAUUGUCUCUGCCAAAUCUGCUGUUGCAAGUGGCGAUCCUGUGCCAAUUAAGGCGGUUGAGGGCAAAAUACCUCCUCUACCUCUUCCUGACUACAAUAGCCUGUUCCCACAGAAGAGACAUGGAGUACAAGGGCAGACUCGAUGGGACCAUAUAAUUGCAGAGGUGAAUCAGAGACAGCAAGAAUAUGUGCCUCAGCUCAUUGGUAAAGAGAUGAGUGUGGAUGGCCCAGACCUCGACUCACCAGGACCUCCACGCAAUGAUAAAUAUUCCUACUUGCAGGAGCGGGCAGCAGAGCACUUAUACCAGCAACAGACACAAGUUCAGAAAGUUCAAUCUACCUCUUUGAGGAGCAUAGGGCCCAGCAGUUUGCCAGCACUCACUCCCCCUUCCAAACCAGUAGCUGCAGUCCCCCUUAGACUAGUGGUCGACUCUAACACAAACCAAGACCAGAGCACUAUACAGGCUAAUCCACCUGAGGCGCCCAAUACCUUUGUCUCCAAAGUCUUGGUCUCUACAAAACCCAUGGUUCAGAAAAGAGACUUACCCUCCAUGACACCUCGGGAGGAUGCAAAGAAGGUGAUAAACACAUAUUUUGCUACAGCCAGUGAUGGCAAACCUGUUUUCUCAACAGAAAAACAUAGACCUCCAUCACAAGUGGUUUUGGUGUCAAGUUCUACAGAUGAACCUAAAGGACUGCCAAACACUCCCAAAGAGAUCCCCACAGCCAAACCCAGGCAAAGGUUAGUCCGCAAAGAGCCAUUGAGACCUGCAGAUCAUGAGCAGACAUUCGCAGGGUCUACCACUGUAGAGCAGGAGAACAGAUUGGAGAGGAGAGCCUUCAACCUCGAUAUCAUGAGAAGGAGUAGUCCAGUGACUGCAAAGAACACUGAGGUGACUGCUUACAAUGAAAAGCAACUCUUGUUUGACUCUGCAGAAAGCGACAUUGAUAAAAAAACACAGUUGGAACACAUUAUGAAAGCGAAGUUUGCUGAACUUGACCCCUUCCCCAUUGCCGAUAUCCUGCCUAAAGACCCAUGGGCCCAACCAAAGCCAAGCCACAGUGGAGAUUACUUGUUCACUGGAGAACCACAGAGAAACCGCAAGCUUAAAGAACAGGCAAUGACAACUGAUGACUUGGAUAAACUUUUCGCGCCAAACAAUCCAACGGAUCCCUUUGCCAGUUUUAGUGAUGGUGACUCGGAUGAACCUCAAGAGCAGGAAAAAACGGAAGAGCACAGUCCUGCUUUUCAAAGGAGAUUUUCCCAAAUUAAAAAGAAACAAGGAGCACCCCAGCCUUCAGUUAAUUCAAGUAAUAAAACUGUUAUUGGAAAAAAUGAGCUAGUUAAACAAAACCCUUCACCCAGAGAAGACCAGCUGAUCAUCUCAGCCGCUACAACAGGAUGUGUAAAACUGGCGCCUCAAAAUACUAGACAAAGUAAACUCUAUGGCAGAGAUGGGGUGGAAUCUCAAGACAAGUGGGCAGCAGACCCUUUUACUUCCUCCUCCCAUGUACCUUCUGUCCUGACUUCUCCUGAGCCCCCCCAGUCUGUAGUGCGAGAGCUUACCUCACAGACCGGGGAAAAGACCCUGCUACGGGCCUUUGUCUCACCCUCUGAGGUGCUGCCACUCACUGUGCUGAGUAGCAAUGGUGGUGGGCCAGCCUCAACUCCAUGCAGGCCUCACCCAGUGAAGCCCAUGAGCUCCAUAGAGAGCCAAGCUCCCAUUAGUACCCCGGUAGUUGGAGAGAUGUUGACUUAUGACCGCACCCUGGGGAAGAUGAAGGCGCCAGGCAUGGUGGAGAGUGGGCCCUACACCCAGCUGACCCAGGAGGAGUUGAUUACCCUAGUGGUGAAGCAGCAGACGGAGCUCUCCAAGAAAGACUCAAAGAUCGUUGAGCUGGAGGAGUACAUAGACAACCUGCUGGUGCGUGUAAUCGAGGAGAAGCCCAGCAUCCUGUUGGGCCUCAACUCUGUCAAGCAGGCCCUGUAAGUUAUGAGGAGUGGACCAGGGAACUGCAAGAUCGAGGGAGAUAUUUAGGCUUCCACUCCAACAUCCCCUGUAGUUUGUGUGCGUGUUUAUUUUAUUUUAUUGCUGUCACUAUGUAUUGGAUCGAGCAAUCUCUUAUUUCCUUUGAGCAUAUGCACUUUUUUUUUGUCUCCAUGAGGAGUUGGACUAGGACAAUCUCGAGGUUUCUUUUCAGAAUGCUGGAAUGUAUGCUGAAUAGUUUUUAAAUGUUUUUUUUCUAGAACGAUCACUCGAUGCUACAUCGCAUCAAAUUAUUUGACAAGGUUUUGAAAAUGAAUGGCUUGUUGUAACACUAUGGUACUGGAAUUUCUUUUUUAUACUCAUUUACCAUAUGCAAACAUCUCUUGUCAUUGCGUUGGUACUUUAUAUGCUGUAUAAACCAUAAUUGGCCCUCAUUAGGCAAAAUGGAACUGGAAGCUCUAGGUAUGUUGAUGUCCAUGUCACUGAUGAAAUAUCUCUGGCCAUGCCUUUGCACAGUGGUUCCAUGUUGCCUACAAUUUAGUGGAUUUUAAUUAGGCCAUCUAGCUACUUUGGUGUCCCAAAGCCUUAACACAUCUAAUAAUAUGCUGGUUAGUGUUUGUUUUGUUGCAUUCUUAAACCUUGAACUUUCCUUGUUUUUCUAGGGUUAUGUUUGAUCCUUUUCUUUAAAUGAUCAUGACGUGCCUUGGCGCUACCCCUUCUUGGUGUAUUCAAUCAAACACAAGUGUUAAUCUAAGACCAAAUCGCAUUAUUGCGGGGUAUGGUACAAGUACGUUAACCCUCAAAGUAAAUGUAGCCUCAUAGUGACAUUUCAGAUACACAGUGGUCUUACCUUAUUAGCCUAGUUUGUUGAAGCGUUAUUGGACCUGUGAUUUUAGGCUAGUUCACACAGGGUUUGAUUGGAAAUGCAUAUAUGUCAACAUUGCUUAUUUUAGCUUUUUAGUUGCCUUUUUCCUUAUUUUAGUUGUUUACACUGCCAUCUUUUUAAUGUGUCUAAAGGCGGAAAACAUCAUUUACAAAACCAGCGAUGGAUAGAGAACCAGGAAUUUAUUCCAUGUUUGAGGCAGUAGUGUGGAUUUGGUCACGCUAACUAUAGAUGGAGAGAGACCUGCUGUUCACUGUUUUCUUUCUUUUAUGUCUGUAGUAUCUACUCACUUGACUGUGCAGAGCACAAUCUUUUCUAUUUAUGCAAAAUAAUGUAAGUGCACAACAUGUCAAAUAUUUUAUGCAAGAUUAAUGACUAAGUUCAAAUCGUUACACUUUGAGAAAGAUCUUCCAAUAUAUUUAGGCAUUAUGAAUGUAGUUUCAAAAUUAAUCUUGUCCUUGUUAGAUUGAAUGCCUUUUUAUUAAGCAGUAGGCUUACAACUUGUGUAAAUCUCUGUCUCUGAAUGUAAUCUACUCUAUGUUUCUUCGGUGCCUAUGCCUUUGUGAAAUGUCAUAGCAAUAAGAAACAAUAUAAAUUAUAAACAUUUCUGAUUGUGCCUUCAGGGAUUUUACUCAUAAGACUUUGAUUACUGUAAAAUCUGGAUUCCUUAAUAGUUACACUGAAUUUAAACAAAAAAGGUGUGAUAUUUUCAAUUGAAAUAAAGUAUAGUAAAUCA